AUGGGGAAGCUCUACGCGAGGACGACGCCGCCGCCAGAUCUGAACAAGAACACGGAGUGGUUCAUGUACCCCGGCGUGUGGACGAUCUACAUCCUCAUCCUGUUCUUCGCCUGGAUUGCCGUCCUGUCGGUGGCCGCGUGCUCGCCGGGGACGGCCUGGACGAUCGUCAACCUCUUCCACUUCGGGGUGAGUCUCCGCUUCCUCAGACCUGCGCCGCUCCGGCACUCUCCUCGGUCAUUUUCCCUGCCGGCGUUCGGAUCGGGGUUCUUCCGCUGCUUCGGCUUGAAUCUCGCCGGCGAUCCUUCAUUGCCGCGUGCGACUGGCCUUCGCUGUCCAGGAAUUUGAAUUUGGGGGAGAGUGGAUGGGGAUCUGUCCUGGAAUUGUGGGAAUUUCUUCACAUCAUGAUGGCUCCUACAGUAUGAGAGAAUUUCUUCGAGUUCAUAUCUGCUCAAAUCGCCAUGGGAUUUCUCUUUCAUAGGAACUGUUGGCCCGCUCCGAUCUCCGUUAGCCGAUUGUUGUGCACAACAUCUGGAUAUCGCCUGCGUUUCACGCAUCUUCUUCAAGAGCGAUACUGUUUCUUCAUUUUCUCGUCAGAUUCUGAAGGGAAAAAAAAAAUCUAUCCGAGAUCCCGUAGGAUUGGAACUGCGUGCGGGCUUCCUCUUGGUUCUUCUUCAAAAUUGGUAUAUAUGGCUAUUAGAAGAAAUGAUUCCAGGAAUUGAUUCAAAUGUAAGUAUAAUCCAUUCAUGAAUACUUCAGAAAUGGAAGAAUCGCCAAGAACCCUAAAAUGCAUCACGAAGAUCACAAGCAAAAAGAUAGAGAAACCGAAACAUCUACAGUUGGCAAAAUCAAAUCACCGAGGUUUCUUGUUCCAAUUAUUGAGGAAAAAGUCAUCUGAAGCUUUCUGGGUUUUUAUCGGGCACAAUUUAAUUUGUUCAACGCUUUUGUUUCCAGCCAUCCUUUUCGGAAUCUACUCGGUGUUUAGAUUUUAGUCCUCUGCGAUUCCCGAUAUGGAAUAUUUUUUUCUACUCUGGGUCAACUAUCUCAAUCGUGAUCAUUUCAAGUAUCAUUUAAUGUUGCAGGUGACUUAUCAUUAUUUCCACUGGAAGAAGGGAACCCCUUUCGCCGAAGAUCAGGGCGUGUACAAUGCGUUGACCUGGUGGGAACAGAUGGACAAUGGCAAGCAGCUAACCCAGAACAGGAAGUUCGUGACCGUCGUGCCAGUUAUUCUGUGAGUAUGCUCAUUCACUAUAUUACAUUACGAAUCAUCAUUUCAUGAACUAUGAUCAAGAGAUACGCCUGGAAACCGGUACUCUCGAGCAAUCUGUGCAAGUUUUCUGUGGAUUCAGUGGAAUCCUCCUUGAUCGGCUUUCAUCGAUUCUUGGAAUCGUUCAAAUUGUGAAAAUUAAUAAAUUGCAUAUAUUAUUUGAAAUAGAUGGAUUUUACUAUUUUUUCCUUUCAUAAUAUAAUCAUCUAUCCUCAUCUCUUGUCUGAAAAAUGUCAACCUUCGAGAGCAUGGCAGGACUAGAAUCAUUCGAUCCAUCUCCAUCUCCUCAUUUAUCUCACUAGAAACCCCCGAGUCUGGCAUUUCUUGUCCACCUCAUAGAGAGAGAGAGAGAGAGAGAGAGAGAGAGAGAGAGAGAGAGAGAGGGAGAGGGAGAGAGAGAGGAGGGAGGAGGGAGAGAGAGAGAGAGGGAGAGAGAGAGGAGAGAGGGAGAGAGAGAGAGAGAGAGAGAGAGAGGGAAAGAGAGAGAGAGGGAGAGGGAAAGAGAGAAAGAGAGGGAGAGGGAGAGAGAGAGAGAGAGAGAGAGAGAGAGGGAAAGAGAGAGAGAGAGAGAGAGAGAGAGAGAGAGAGAGAGAGAGAGAGAGAGAGAGAGAGAGAGAGAGAGAGAGAGAGAGAGAUGGAUUGAAUAAGUCAGUACUCUUCAGUGAUUUUCAGAAGACCGAGAGGAUUACCUUUUUCUUUGUUUCCUCAGGUACCUGUUAGCCUCCCACACCAGCAAUUAUCAGCGUCCGAUGCUCUUCCUCAACAGUCUUGCAGCCUUCGUUCUGGUCGUUGCCAAGUUCCCGAAUAUGCACAAAGUUCGCAUCUUUGGAAUCAAUGCCGGCCGUUGA